AUCACGGUCGGGCACCAACUCUCCUCGUAUCAAUAAGGGUCCAGAACUAAAACGCCUUGAGCAUUAUUGUCUAUUGUCAUUAUCUCACCCAUCCAUAUUUCAGCUAGACUUUGUCUGACACGACCCCACCCGCCUCUUUAGCCCCGACCCUUCUGACCAACCCAACCGAACCCCUUCACUUCAGCCCAUCAGCAUCGCCAUCUCGACCGCUGAUAUCUACUCUCUUCAGCUGAGUUGUUCUCGAUUCCUGUGUUUCUCCCUUCAACAACAGGCACCCGAUUCUCCGAACCAGAUAUUUCUAUUAUAUUUCAUACUUCAUCGCGACGUCGCGCGACAGUCACCCCCCUCUAUUUCGCAUCUGUACGCUCUGCGGGGCAUCGCGAUCUUCUUAUCAACUCUCUGUCUCGACUUCUCCCAACUUCAACGCCAUAUCCUCACAAUGGAUUCUGCAGCCCGCCAACAGCCUCAAGUUCAGCCUUGUAGAUACAAGGUUGGCAAGACACUGGGAGCUGGCUCAUACUCCGUCGUCAAAGAAUGUGUCCACAUAGACACUGGUCGUUACUAUGCUGCCAAGGUCAUCAAUAAGCGGCUCAUGGCUGGUCGCGAACACAUGGUUCGCAACGAAAUCGCCGUGCUUAAGAAGGUCUCCAUGGGCCACCAAAACAUCCUUACUCUUGUCGACUAUUUCGAGACCAUGAACAAUCUCUACCUCGUCACCGAUCUUGCACUAGGUGGUGAGCUUUUCGAUCGAAUUUGCCGAAAGGGCUCCUAUUUUGAGUCAGAUGCUGCCGAUUUGGUUCGCGCCACACUGUCAGCUGUCGCUUACCUCCAUGACCAUGGUAUUGUCCAUCGCGACUUGAAGCCUGAAAAUCUACUCUUCCGAACCCCCGAGGACAACGCAGACUUGCUUAUUGCAGACUUUGGACUUUCGCGAAUUAUGGAUGAGGAACAGUUCCACGUUCUGACUACAACCUGUGGUACUCCUGGAUACAUGGCUCCCGAAAUUUUCAAGAAGACAGGUCAUGGCAAGCCUGUAGAUCUUUGGGCUCUCGGUGUCAUCACCUACUUCUUGCUUUGCGGUUAUACUCCUUUCGAUCGUGACUCUGACUUCGAAGAGAUGCAGGCCAUUCUCAAUGCAGAUUAUAGUUUCACUCCUAUUGAAUACUGGCGUGGCGUUUCCAGCCAUGCCAAGGACUUUAUCCAGCGCUGCCUGACUAUCGAUUCUACUAAGCGUAUCACUGCCCAUGAGGCUCUCCAGCAUCCAUUCGUCGCCGGCUUUAUCAAUGCCGAGGGCGAGAGCCAGAACCUUCUGCCUAAUAUCAAGAAGAACUUCAACGCUCGCCGGACUCUACAUGCAGCCAUUGAUACUGUUCGUGCUAUCAAUAAGCUGCGUGAGGCUCAAAGUGGGAUGAUGGAUGGAGCUCGUUCAAAGGAACCCAGCCGUGGCGCUGCGCGACAGCAGCCGCCUACCAACAAGAAAGGAGAUAGUGCCAUCUCAAUGGGCAGCAACCAACCUAAGGAUAGUGGAUAUGGAACUCAGACAGAGACGGACGUCGUUAUGGGCAACACAUCAGCAUCCAAUGUCCCAUCUUCAUUGCAGCCUGGAAACAACGGAAAUAGGGUCAUCGAGACAUCCAAGGGACUUUGGAGUGCGCCUGCGCCAAAGAGGUAGAGCCAGAAUGGCGACGAUGUGUCUGAGUUAUUCCGAGAUCUGCGAAGAAGAUAUAUCAAAGGGAAGCUACCUAUGGUGGGACGAAAACAUGUUAGAAGAAUGAUGGUUUAACGUUAUGAGGAGGAGAUUUUGUAAACCCGCAUUUGCGUUAUGAAGCGGGCGAAGAACAAGGACAUGCGCAUGCGCAACGAGGAGGAGAGCGAGGACCAACAGCGAUUUGCGUACAUGUAUUUUCAACAACGGACCGCAGGCACGCCGUUUGCAGCGACUGGAAGGAAGAAUCGGUAUAUCCUAUUUUCCAUGCAUUUCCCUUUGUGUUUCAAGUAUGAUCUUGGUAUUUAGAACGCCCUUUGUGAGGUCUCGUUUUCGAGAUGCUUUGUUUUAGAGACCGGUGACUUCGAGGCCCAGGUCAGACAUAACGCACAAGGUUCGCAUUGAACAGAUCCUCGGUCACUUUGAAGUUUAUUGCUUCCUCUGCUCCUUAUCACUGCUUGUGUUAUUUUCCGGAAGAUGGGUUUCUGACAGAUGAGUUUACGGCCUGAAAUCCCUUUUAAUCCCCUCGACAUUGAGUAUAAUAUACCUUAAGUGACUCUCCUGUGUUGACAGUAGCUUGUUUUAGGCGGAGUAGGAUUAUUUAAUAUCUUGUGACCCUGAUAUUGUCAUAUGCCAG